GAGCUAAAAUCAGCUGAAACUUGGCAUGGCGAUCGACGUGUUCGAAACGUUCGAGAACGUCGCAUUUACGCGGUACCUGCCAAAUAUAACGGUUAGAUAUCAUCCACUCCCGGUCGGUAUUGAUCCUCCUGCACGCAGCUCUCCCAUAAUUCCGAAGAUUACGACAACACGCACCUCACAUCCCGAUUGACUGUAUUUCCAUCUUCACGCCGCGUUCUCUUCCUGCUGAUUGGCUGAUGUCGCUCAAUCGAUUGCUCCAUGCAUUAUCCGAAAUCAACUACAUCGAACACGAAACUACGUCGGUGCCGCUAACGCAUUCGCUUUCCUGCGAUAAACGUCUGGAUGCUGAAGAUGAAAUCAGCGAAACAAGAGGAAUCAGCUAUGGGCUUCAAGGACAAGCAAAAGGCGCUCAACAUGCUCAAGUCCCUGGAUGGUCGCGAUAUCAGCUACCAGUAUCACGUGAUCUUGACGUUCAUCGGUCGCGCAAAAAGAACAAUACAAAUCACACGGGACGAGGAGAAGUUGGCUAAUCUGCGAGAGGCUCUAAAAAUUUUCGAAAACUGGCUGGCGGACUAUAAGGAGAGAAAACGAGGAAAAGAGAAUCUCGCAUAUUUGCCAAUUGAAACGGUCGAGGCUUUUCGUUGCCUCGCUAAGAAAUACGACGUGUGGGAUGAUGAGUUCUUUAGGGCAUACAAAUGCGAGAAGGGUGACUAUAAAGGCCUGCGCACCGUCAAGACACCCAAACAAGACACGACUUGGGACAUUGAGAGGAAUAAGCGACUAAAGGACAUCAUUGGCAGGAUCAAGAGUGAGUAUAUCCAGUGGUACGAGACCGACGUGGGCGAUUUCCGGGGGAUGCCGACGAAGGAGCACACGCGAUGCAUCGUGCUCGCAUAUAGCCCCGAUCCAGCAAAGCUGAAGAAAUUGGCGGCUCAAGUGUGCGAGAAGUUCGGCGGGGAAGACGACAGCGAGGAUGAUAUGGACGUCGAAGAAGCAGAACGCAAAGAAAGAGGUACGAAGAGAGCUCACGACAGUUCGUCAUCGAGUGACGACAACGACAGCGAGAACGGCGAACCGGAGAAGAAGAGCGCGAAGCGAACGGGAGAAGAGGAGCAGAACCAGCAAAACGAGAAAACCGAGAAUACGCUGGGCUUCAAGGACAAAGAGAAAGCCUUGCAGAGCAUCGAAUCUCUAAAAGGUCGAGACCUGUCGUAUCAGUUCUACGCGAUCAGCGGCCUAGUGAAGAGAGCGAAACGCGUGAUCUCAUGCACCAAGGAUGAGCAAAAGAUCAAGAAUAUGAGAGAAGCUGUAGAGGUCUACGAAAACUGGAUUACCGACUACAACGUGAAUAGCAGAUCCAAGGAGAACUUGAAUUACCUCUCGAUAGACAUCGUGCGGGCCUUUGAACCACUCGCCGAGAAAUAUGGUAUCAAGGAUAACGGAUUCCUCAAAGUCUACGAGGAUGCCGAGGGCGAUUACAAGAAGCUCAGAUCCAUGCGAGUGGCCGAAUCGGAUGUCACGUGGGACGUGGAGAGAAACGAGAAGCUGCGGACGUUGGUGAAUCGCAUAAAAGAGAAUGGCAUCCAGUGGUUUCAUACAGAUGCUGAAUUCUGUGGCUUGCCCACAGCUGAACACACGCAAUGUAUUAUGUGGGGUUUUAGCCACGACGUCGCGAAGCUGAAGAAACUUUUACCUACCUUGAAUGAGAAGCUGAAACCGGCUGGGGACUAAUGUCAUAAUUAACCAACGUUAGAUCGUUGACAGAGAGAACGCCUGAAAGUAAUCGCCCAAAGAUAGAAAAUCUGUCAUCAAUGUUAUCUCGCUAUUUUAUGUAUAUAGACAUUUAUUAUUUUAGAAGACGCUUUGUAGUUACGUUACACUUACACUCUAACAUCAUAUUGUAUAGUACAUUUUAUAUAUUA